AUGGAGCUACCCAGUUGGGCUCGCUAUAUUCAGGGCUUCUUGAUUUCAAUUGCGCUCCUCGAUUACGUCAUGUUCACCGGCUGCUUCCUCUAUGGCAUGUGUCUCGCCGGGAUUGUGUCCGAGGGAUUCUUCAACAAGACCAUGCCUUUCUUGUCCUCGAUCUUGUUCCUGGUCCUGCGCUUCUGCUACUUCCCGUUCCUCUAUGUCCUCAUCCCCGUCGCCGGUCUGCCAAAGUUCCCCAUGUGGGUCAACCAACUGGUCUUUGUCGGCUUGGUGUUCAUGUACAUCACCCUGCUGAUCGCCCCAGUCACCUUCGGCAUCAUCUAUGCCGUCAAGUACCGCAUCUGGACCAACGUCAAGCGCGGCGACCCCAGCGUCCUCGAAAACGCCCGCCAAAAGGUCGACCAGCUCAAGCAAGUUCCCAAGAUGGUCGUCGUCAUGCCCAUCUACAACGAGGAACCCGAUGCCCUCAUCACGGCCGUCAACUCGAUCGUCACCUGCGAGUACCCCUGUGCCCAAGUUACCGUUUUCCUGAGCUUCGACAGCUCCGAGGAGUCGGAGCUCUUCCUGGCCCUCAUGAAGGUCCUGACCCACGGCGGCGAGCGGCCCGAGGGCGGCUAUGGUGCCCAGGUCCGCCUCAUCUACCGCGGCGUCUACUUUAUUGUCAACCGCUUCCCACACGGCGGCAAGCGCCACGUCCAGGCCCUCACCUUUGACCAGAUUCGCUGUGAUCCUAGCCUGCAACAUGAGAACACCUUGAUCCUCUUUAUCGACUCGGACAUUGUGCUGUACGAGGACGCCAUGGUCGAGUUUGCCACCGCCCUCGACAAGAACCCCAAGCUCGUCGGCAUGACCGGCUUUAUGUCGGUUCUCGCCAAGAAACCCAAAUUCUGGUGGUGGUUCCAAGAUGCCGAGUAUCUGACCGGCCAGGUCUUCAACCGAGCCCUCGAGUCUGGCCUGGGUGGCGUCACCUGCCUUCCCGGUGCUCUGACCAUGAUCCGCCUCAAGCAGCUCACCGUCGCCGCCGAGACCUACUUCUCCGAGCUCGACACCAAGAAUAUCUUCAACUACCACCGCUACUACCUCGGCGAAGACCGCUACCUGACCCAUCUUCUGAUGGAGCAGGAAAAGAGCUAUGCCAUCGGAUUCUGCCCCACGGCCCGUGCCAAGACCGAGGCCCCUGCCACCUGGAAGCAGUUCCUCAAGCAGCGCCGCCGCUGGCUGCUCGGUGCCUUUGCCAACGACGUCUACUAUUUGGCGAGCCCUAGAUUAUGGAGACGCGCGCCGUUCUUGCUGAUGUAUUCGACAGCAAACUUUUCAUGUCGUUCAACUGGAUUCGUUUUUUUGAUCAUCUUCUUCCAACUGGCGGCUGGCGCAAGGCCAGAGCCCACCGCCAUACUUCUUGUUUUCGCACCCCUGCUGUUCUUCUGGAUGCUCGUCUCGAUCUUUGCCAUCAUUCUCAAGCGCUCCAAGGUCGCGCUGAUGUACCCGCUCAUGCUGUUGUUGAAUCCGUGGGUCAGCUUCUUCAUCAACAUCUACUCGAUCCGAACCUGGUACCUGCGCUCGUGGGGCGGACCCCGCACCGAUGUCGUCUCCCCCGCCGUCGAUGUCUGCAUCGUCACCGACCUCGUUCCCGACCCGGAGACCCAGACCCUGCGUGACUACAAAGUCGAGGACCCUGCCCUGGGCAAGAAGGUCGUUGUCCAGAAGAAGAACGACACUGCCGACGGCACCUUCUCCGAGUCUGCCAAGGCCGACACCAAGACCGACCUCGACGAGAUUGUCGUCAUCCGCGAGCGCGACGAUGAUACCUCGACCCUCGCUAGCGAACUCAUAGAUAAACCGACCUUGACCGAUUCCGCCGACUCAAAUGAACCUCAUCUUUAAGACACAACAUCUUCCUCGGUGCUUCGUAAAGUGGAUCUAUGGUAGCGGAAACACUCGCUCCUCUCGUAUCUCAUUUGAUUACUACUGCCGAGUGGGAAGCAGGCGAAUGGAUCUGCGUAAACGUAAAUGGAUAAUACACAAAUGUUUCGUUCGGUCGGAG